AUGACGGAAUACAAGUUGAACAUAAAAAUCGACCAGAACAUGGUCAAGAAGUUCAAGACCGGUGGGCUGAGGCUAUGCCUUGGCUUCGGCUUCGACACGACGGCGCGGCCGGGCUCUACGAAAUUCAACGUCAUCGGAUAUUCUUCAGUCUGCGCUCGAAACUUGGUGGUGACAUGGAGAGACGACUACUCAAUCGCGGGAACAAUGAGUGCGUUCUCCAGCGGAGUGAAAUUCGACGUCGCCACAGCCCAACAGCCAAUCGCCUUUGGAGAAUCCUGGACAUUACCGCCCGACUGGACCGACGGCUUCACCAGCUCCGACGAGAAAGCACCAGGCAACGGCUUCAUCUUCAACAACCUGACCUCCUCCGCAUCGGCCGUCGUCUACAAGACCGUCAACGGCGUCGAGGCCCCCGUCCACGUCAGCCAGUUCGGCCCCCUGCCGCCCGGCUCCGAGACCCUGACGCCCAAGCCGCUGGCGGCUGUGUGGUUCCAGCCCUCUGCGGAGACGGGCGCCAUGAUUGACAAGGUUCACGACUCUUCUCUAAAGGUUAUUGACUUUGAGGAUGUAAUGUCACAUGAGAUUGAAUAUGGGCCGUCUGGGUCGUGGACGAUUGUUGACUAG